GAAACAGGGUUUUAAUACCAUGGUACUCCUUCGUGGUGCUAUCUCGGAGACCUCGGGUUCAUUUAGGGUGACAUGGCCGCAUCAGCAGCCAACAGCAUCUCGACUUGCAAAUGAUCGACAUCCGCCGGGCUUUUAUGCAUGAUGGCUUGGACCUGUCUUUUUUUGCCUGGUAGACUAGCAGGAUGCCCAAGGUAUGGGCGGGGCAGAGGAAAAGAAAGAGGGCGGGCAAUACCUAUAGCGAGAUUCAAGUUGAGUGUCUGGCUAUUCACGUAUUAUGCAGGCAGAUAUAAAGCCAUUCAGGCUUCCUUCGGCACUCAAGACAUGGAAUCAAACCACUUACAUCCUCAGUGACUGACUGAAGAGCUUCAAGCACUUACCCCGCCAUUCUCUGCAUAAAGCAGACACUCAUCAUGACUAUCUUCCGGAGCUCGGCAAAGGCCAGUGAGAGCGAAUCUCAGUAUGGCAUUAAAGUGUUGUACGACUCCAACGAAGCGGAGGUAGAUAUCGUCUUCGUCCACGGUCUUGGCGGAAGUCGCGACGCAACCUGGACGAUCGAUGAUGUGUGCUGGCCCCAAGCCCUUCUUCCGCAGGACUUACCCAAGACCCGUAUCAUGACUUUUGGAUAUGAUUCACGGGUGGUCAGCUUCACAUCAGCUUUAUCGCAGAACGGAAUUGUGGGAAAUGCUGAGGAUCUUUGUGCUCAGCUAUCGCGGUUCAGAGCCUCUUCGCCAGAGCGCCCGAUAAUUUUCGUAGCUCAUAGCUUGGGCGGCUUGGUCUGCGCACAGGCUGUCGUAGCAGGCAACCGCAGCUCCCCCUCCGACAAUACACAGAUUAUCAGUAAACACGUCCGUGGCAUAGUCUUUCUGGGGACCCCAUUCUGCGGUUCCGAAAUCGCAAACUGGGUGUCUCGUCUCAACAAAGUAGCGGAUUAUAUCUUCGAGAGCAGCAAAGCCAAUAUCUCGGACCUGAAAAACAAAUCGGACACACUGCAGCACCUGAUCGAAGAGUUCGCGAACGUUUUGCGAAAACGCGAUAACUCCGACGACAGUAUCGUGACCACUUUCUUCUAUGAGCAGUUGAAAACACAGGGAGUUAUGGUGGUUGACCGAAAUUCUGCCACUAUCCCCGGUCGCGGAGACAUGAUAUCCAUCCAAGCCGAUCAUAAGAACAUCUGCAAGUUCCGAUCGAGGGAAGAUGAUGAAGGAUACGGGUUGGUGCUUGGGGCACUGAGAAAGAUGAUGGUUGAGGUACCGGUGAAGCAGAAGUCGAGUAGCCCUGUCUUCAACUUCAACAAUGAUGGAGCUUCCAUCAUGAACCAGGCAGGCCAGCAGACUAUCAAUGGGGGAAUGAACUUUGGGGCGUUUGCACGGUAGACGAGCGUACUUAAACACGGGCUCUUGGUGCUCUACCGCAAUAUGAUACGAGAUCGCAACAUUUGUCGCUGAGUUAUGAUAUCUUGUUCGUGUGGGAUAAGAC